AUGGAACAAUUCGACUUUGUAUUGAUUCACAAUGUUGUUUAUAAGCUAGCUAAUUCUGAAUGGUUUACAUUAAUUGAUAUUAAACAAUUCCUCUUGCAGAUUCCGUUACCUAGUGACAGUCAAAAUUUAAUUUUUUUUAGGGACCCAAAAACCAAUAUUUUAUAUGCUUUCAAAAGAAUGCCUUAUGGUCUUAAACCAACAACAGCUAUAUGUCAAAGAAUAUUGGAUCUUAUUUUAAAGGGUGAGGAAGAAAAUGUUAUCAUUUAUGUUGAUGAUAUCUUGGUACUUUCUAUUGGUCCUCAAUCUUAUCACUUGGAUAUUGUUAAUAUAAUAAUAUUAAAAUUGGAAAAUGCAGGUCUAGUUUUGAACAAAAAGAAAUGUUCUAUUGGUAACAAACAAACUAAAUAUCUUAGUCACAUUAUUGAAAAAGGAAAAUAUUAUCGUUGUGAAACUUCAACUAAAUCCAUUGUUGAAUAUCCUCGUCCGAAAAGCAUGAAAUCAAUUAAACGUUUUCUAAGCAAUGAUCAUAAACCAUUAAAGAAUGUACUUGAAUCUCGACCUCCUGCUUCUGAUCAUAUGUCACGUUAUAUUAUGGCAAUUAAUGAAUAUCAUCCGAAAAUUGAAUACGUUUCAGGUAAGAACAAUCAAGAGCCUAAAAUACCUCUUGCUCCUAUUGAUAUUAACCAACCUGUUACUCAUGAAGUUAACCAAACAAGAACUGACAACAUUGUUAAUCAAGCUGUUGGUGAUUUAUUAAAUGAUGAAAAUACUAGUCUCAAAGAAGUUUUUGAUCAGAUUGUAACUAAUUAUUUUGAUAAGAAGACUUCUUUACCAAAGCAAAACUUAAUGGAUUUAAUAAAUGAUUAUAAGGUUGAAUUGUUUGUUCCAGAACAAUUUUUGGGUGUACUACUAAAAAAUUACAAGGAUUCAGAGAUGGAAAAAACAUUUGAUUAUUGCAUUGUCGAACUUAUAGUCAUAUCAAUAAAUCUUGGAACUAACCCUAGUAAAAUUAAAACUCGUGUUAAGGAAUCAAGGAAAGAGCAUCUUCAAAACGCAGGUAUUAUGUCAAUGUUAGUAAUGUCAACAGUGUUCGAUAAUACACUCUUUAUAAAGUUAAAGAACAAAACAUUUCUCUCAAACAAGAUUGGAUUUAGACCGUUAAGUAAGUAUGAUAUUUCUUUAGAUGAAGAAGAUAGAAUUGAAGUAAGCUUGGGAGACUUGAAACCAAGUAUCAAACAAGAUUUUGUAAAAUUGUUGUCUACAGAGGUAAGAGAUUUGCAAAAUCACAAGUUAAAUCAGAAACGUUGUGGUGUUCCAAAGCAAUUUAGUGAAAAUGAAAAAGUUUUGGUAAAGAAUGUUUUCAAAAAGUCAAAAUUUGAUAAGGAAUAUCUCCGGGUGUAA